GUCCACAUGAUAUCAUGGUCUCAGUCCAGCACAUGCGACUGCGAUAAUCAACCGCCCGUCUUCUCCAAAAGACCGCCGACAUAGCCCUACUUCCAAAUUGCCAAUUGCCAGACAGCCGCCAUGGCCCCCUACAGAGGGCGACAGCCGUCCCUCUCCUUGCGAUUGCCCCAGCCGUCGGCCUCGGCUGUCCUUCCCGACCUGCCUCCCAUAUCGGCUCUGUUUCUGAUCGACUUCGAUGUCAAGGCCGGAUAUACCAUUGUAUGGAAACGAUCGGUCCCCGGGCUGGAACUCGAUGGCGUUGUUGAGUACAAGAGUCUUCCUUCCGGCCUCCAUACCGUCACCGACGACUUGGUUUACUUUGUCCACGAAGGGGGGCAUGCUGGCUUGAGCGCCUUUGUCAACGCCAGGACAGAUGAGGAGGAAAACCGCCAUGCCCGUAUGAUUGCUGUUGGGGUCUUGGUUCCGUUGGUAUAUGGACGGCUAGGAAGGUCAUGGCGCCAUGCCGACCGGCUCAAGGAUAUUGCUAGCAAACUUGUUGUCGACCGUCAACAGACACAUCUGCUGGAGGACUAUUGGGCUCAAAACGGGAUGCAGGAUGGCGCUCACCCGCCGCCACUACCGGAAGCUGCGCUGGACUCACCCGCCCUGAGCUACAAGGGGGGCCGUCCCGGGCCCGGAAAAGGCCAUUCAAGAAAUAGGUCUGCAUCGGACGGCACCGUCUUGAUGUCCUCACCUCACAGACUCUCACCUUAUCACCCUGCUUGGAGUUUAACAUCGCUUCUUGAUACAUUUGGACCCCUUAUCUUUCCCAUCCACCGUGCUGCCUUACUACGCAAGCGUAUACUAAUUUCUACUCAUGCUCCCGUCCAUGAAGCUUGUAAUUUCGUGUACAAUCUCUCUGUCCUAUCCAACAUCCCUUUGUCAGUCUCCGAUCUGGUGGAUCCUGCGGCAUCGACCCAACGUCUGCGACCGCUAUUCAACAUUGGUGUCCACGAUAUUGGGUAUCUUCUAGAGCACCACGCGGCAUUGAAGCGUCAUCUCAGGGGCGACAACCUCGAAACCGACAAUGAUCUUGCGUGUGGUAUUACUGCGGAGGAGGCUGCAACCGGAUGGAUUGCUUGUACAACAGAUACCAUCCUCACGAUCAAGGAUGGUCUAUGGGAUAUGCUCAUUACAUUGCCGCCACCACACUCGGGCAACGCAAAGGAGCGCAUGUGGCCAACUGUCGAGUGCCCCAAGGGCGUGCCAAUCAAGGCUACGCAGCGAGAUCUGAGGAGGUUCAAGUGGCUGAAAAUGAGCCUUGCCCGGAUUGACCCAACAUCAAUGACCACACCCCAGAUUCUUCGCAGUCCAUUAUCUGACAGAACAAGCCAGCGGUCGGUAUCAACGCCUCACGUACUCAACAGAACGCCGACAAUCUCCCUGACCAGAUCAACCGAGACCUCUCGACCGGUCACUGCGACAUCUCAAACACCCCCUCUAACACGCGCCAACUCAGACGAUGACGCCGAGCGAGUCGUGGAGCCGACUACAUGGGCAGCCCUAGCCUACUCUGGGUUUAUAUGGUGGGCCUCGGCAGGCGAGCAAGGCCACAGUGAUGAGGUCGACGAGAUGGCGCACGACAACAGAUUGCUUGAAGAUCUUACAGGCAACGCCCCAAAGAUGGCAGGACGCACACCUAGGAGGACAAGUUUUGGCACUGCCUCUUCGACCGGCAACAAUAUCGAAGAGGGGGGUAUAACAGAAUUGGACUCAUCACCUACCGCCCAGCAAGACGGAGCACGGGAAACAUCCGAUGAGGAGCAGGCCCGCAUUGAGCUUGCUAUUAUCGCCUACUUCCAUCGUCUAACUACAUCUGUGCUCUCUGUCUUGGCAGACCUCGUCGACAGUGCAGAUGAUGAUGAUCUGCUCGACCUCGACAUCGACCCUAAUGCGGGUGGUGAGGAAGAGUACAGGGAUGAUUAUCACGAUGUCGACGAUCAGACUGGAUUGCUAUAUAGUCAAGAGCGAUCCGGAGUCCAAGGUAGUCAUCGUGAAGGUGAAGGCGAAGACGACGAAGCCGAGUAUGAAGGCUGUUUGCGGGGGUGGAUAAGAGUCGACAGCGAAGCACUGGCACACAUGGGCCUAGAUGUGUGGAGCAAGAGCGACGCAGAUUUUGUGAGCGAGUUGACAACGAGGUAUUUUAGGAGGAGGGCGUAUGUGGAGAAUAAGGGUGUUGAAGUGUGUGGGUUGAAGGUUUGUUAGCCUAACCCCCUUUUCAAUCUGUUCUUGUUUUUUUGUCAAGCGGGGCAUCGGCGAUGGGUCUCCUUUUCUUUAUCUUUGAUUUGGCGGACUAUUGGGGUUGUAUGGCGUUAAACCUUUUGGGAUGGGAAAAUGGGACAAAGUAUUUGAAG